GUGAAGGAGGCAGCGGAGAACGAGCUGGAAGUUGGCAUUAGGCGCUUCGUCCGAGAGGAUGGUACAGUCUUGGGCGAAGCGCAGAUGGCGUGGACGGUCUCAAUGACGAAGUUGCGGCAAGGGGAAGUGCUUCAAGCUUUGGCCAGGUACCGCAUCAGGAUAAGGCGCCUUGCCCAAGGUUUGAUGGACCAGAUCAGUUCGGUCAACAGCGAAGGCCUGGAGAACAUUAUGAAUCAGUUCUCGGGCAUUGAGCCAUGGAACGGUGAAGAGUUGAGAUGUAUUAUCCAGGUUAUUUUCAAUAAAGCCAUGGCAGAGCCUGCCCUCUGCAAAGCCUGUGCGCGAAUGGCUGUUGGUCUGAGGGAGCACUACCUCGAGUUUCCACACGAAGACGAGGAUCAGAAGCCUGUGUCUUUCACACGUGAGCUGCUCAACAUUUGUCAGGAGGAGUUUGAGAGUAUGCCAGCCACUUUUGGGGUAUCACAAGAGGACAAGGCCAAGUUCCCAAGUGCUGAGGCCUUGAAAGAGGCCCUCGCCAGCAAGAAACACAGGAUGCUGGCAUGUGUAUGUUUUAUCGGACAUCUGUUCUUGGAGGGCCUUCUGGCAAUGAAGGUGAUUCGGCACAUCGUGCAUAAACUGAUUGGCGAUGGACGCCGCGGCUGGCCUCCACCCGAAGAGCCGAAGCUAGAGUGUGCUUUGGAGCUCCUGACAUUAGUUGGGCGGACUUUGGAUGAGUCAGUCCCGACAGGCAUCGCUCUGAUGCACGCGUUCCAAAAACGGCUGCUGGACCUUGCCCUUCUUAGCAUUGGAGACAAGCACAUUUUCUCGGACCGAGCGCGGUGCGCCAUCAGCGACCUGUUGGAGCGUCGCAGGAACCACUGGCUCCCUUGA